UGUUGCGCUUCAGAAAUAAGUGAAUUUUUGGAAUUAAAUACUUAGUACUUAUUGUGCAUAUGAAGACCCCCAAAGUGGCAUUUAGUGGUGGUGAAAUUGACGUCGAUGAAAGUGUUUUGUUUGCCACAUUUCGUUGUUUGCUUUUAGGCGUGUAAACUUUCUGCAAAUACGAAAUAUGAAAUAUGCAAAAGCGAGCAAGCACUUCCGCAAAUGAUUGUAUACAAAGUUUUUCCGUCAAUAUAGCAAUUAUUAGCACUCCUUAAAAGUGUAUACUUACAAAUACAUACAUACGUCUGUAUGUAAGAACUUUUCUUUGUGUGCACAAAAUAAAGGAAGAACGGCAACAAUUAUUAAACUUGAAUUCGUUUGAAUUCGCACAUCUUCUACACUAACAAAAUCACACACAUAUGUAUAUACAUAUGUACAUGCAACAUCACCUGACCUGUCGGGUGUGAAUAAGGCUUCGAGGAAGUGGCAGUGGCAACUAGCAGAAACAAGUUGAAUAGAAUAAUUGUAGUAAACUGAGUGACUAAGUAUGCCUAAACUCGUGCAAACAUAUAUACAGUUAUGUUUAUAUAAGCGUAAGUCGCAAGUGUGCGUUCUUCCGCUUCCACUGAGCGUCAAGAUGACACUGAAAUGAAAAGGAUCAUGACCCACUUUUGAUAAGCGCGAGGCGAAAAGGCAAACAAAUUGACUGUUAAAGAGGCUAACAAAAACAAAAAAAAAAAAAUACUCAAAUGAUAUUUGGAAAGCUAAAGAAUAAGAGUAGUGUAUCAGAAAGCAGUGUUGUAAGUGCAACACACACACAUACAAUUGCAAAGUCCUCGUAAAGUGGCGUAACAAUAGUGUAAAAAUAUAAUUACAAUGUAGGCCUCACUAACGGUAAAUUAAAUUUAACUUACACUUGUUAAUCUCCCACCAAAUGCCAAAAAGCAAAAACAAAAACAAACGAAAUUACACAAGAAAAUAUUUUAGCAAAUAAUUAUUUUAUUUUAUUGAAAUUUUACGACAAAAAUUACACAAAGUACAAAACACACGCAAAAAAACAAAAAAAAAAAAACCUACGCCGUCACAGUCACCCUUUGCUGGAGCCGUGAAUCCUUUUUGAUUGUGCAACGAAGCCACUGCAAUGCAUAGAGUAAUUACAGUUUCGAAUCCGUAUUAGUGCAGCUAAUUAUACAUAAGCCAACCGCAAUUAAAAGUAACAACAAUAACAACACAAAAUGCUGUAGUGCAAUUGCUCGCUUGUCACGCUAGCGGUUGGAAAGCCAGCCAAUCAAAUAAAAUUUGUUGCUCCUUCGAAUUGGUUCCGGUGCCGGUUUUAGCACGCAAGUUCGGCUUAUUUAAACACACAAACAUCCACUCAUAUAUAAGUGCAUAUAUUUAUUUAUACUAUAUAAUAUUUUGGUGGUAAACUCAUACGCUUCCGACUAUGCUGCCUUGGUGGUGUUACUUGCUGAUUACUGGGCUGGUGCUCUAUGCCCUCUUCGAACUUCAUUACUUCCUGCGAAUGUGCCUUUGUGUGAUUCUGGCGCGCUUCGUCAAACGAAAGUGCCACAUUUUGGAGACGACCACAGUUGGCGGACUCUGCCUGACCAACGACAUCGAUUGGCUGCUCUAUCAUAUGAACAAUGCGCGCUAUUUGCGUGAACUGGAUUUUGCUCGCGUGGAUUUCUACGAGCGCACAGAUUUGUAUCGCACCAUAAAACGGAAGGGUGGCUCAGUUUUUCAGGGGGCAGCUACCAUACGUUAUCGGCGAUUUAUCAGACCCUAUCACCGUUUUCAUAUACAGUCGCGUAUCAUCUAUUGGGACGAUCAAUCCGUUUACAUGGAGCAUCGUUUCGUGCGGCCCUCCGAUCAAUUCGUGCACGCCAUUGCAAUUUGUCGGCAACGCAUCGUCGAUUGCUCAGCGGAGGAGGUGAUGAAUGAUCUGUUGGCACCCAAAAGUAUGCAAUUGCAAGCGUCGCACAACACGGUGAGCUCCACAGUGAGCCUGGACAAUAGUGCGGUGACCACAACAAAUCUGGAUGUGGCCGAGAAUGGGCAGACGCGCGUCAAGUUGAAACCCGAUGUGCCGCCGGAGAUACAGAAGUGGAUUGAAUACAAUGAUUUGUCAAGCAAAAAUCUACGCUCGAAUUGCUGAUAGUUGCGGUUGAUCGAAAUGCCGAGCAUGCUUAUGAUUAUGAAUGUCUAAAUACUCGAGUAAAACUCUAUACAUACAUACAUACAUACAUAUGAAACUGCACUUAUUAAAUAGCAAGGAUAUGCCUAGAUGAAAGAAUUAUUUAUUUUUUGAGCUCAUUUUAAUAUGAAAAGUCUUGAAGAUAAAUAUUUAAUUAAGUUUUUGUUAAUUAAUUUUUUUAUAGUCGAAUUAUAUAUGAAGCGCUAAAGCGUAGCAGCUGUGUAUGCCAAUCUCUAAUAUAAUCUACCUUUAC